CUCGAAGCUCUCCCCCUUCUCCAUCUCCCCCUCCCCUGCAACUCUCCAGCCCCUCUCCAAAUUUCUCCCCUUUCUCCUCUCUUCUCUUUCCCCUUCCUCUUCCUCACAAUUCCCUCAUCCCUCAAAUCCUCGUAUCAUCUUCUACAGAGAGAAACAAGGCAAGUGGUGCCGGAAGAUCAUGAGAGAAGCAGUAGAACCCAACUGGUUCGCUCAAUGGGAGAACGAGCUUCCGAGCCCAGAAGAUCUUAUUCCCCUCUCCCAAUCUCUCAUCACCCCAAACCUCGCCCUCCUCUUCAAUCUCUCCACCCCAAACCCUAGCUCCGCAUUUCCCCUUCCUCCUCCGCCGGAAUUCAGCACUGCAACCCUCUCCACCACCCCGGAAUCCAUCUCUACAGGCUACGCCGACGAUGAGCCCGCACGAGCCCUGAAAAAACCGCGGCUUGUUUGGACGCCGGAGCUCCACAAACGAUUCGUCGACGCCGUCGCACAUCUCGGGGUCAAGAACGCUGUACCGAAGACCAUAAUGCAGCUGAUGAACGUAGAUGGUCUGACUCGCGAGAAUGUCGCCAGUCAUCUUCAAAAGUACCGCCUUUAUCUCAAGCGCUCGCAGGGUUUAAGCUCCUCCGCCUCCGGUCCGGCGAUCUCCGCUGCCGACGCCGCCAUGGAGCAUCUCUUCUCUAGUUAUCCCAUUCCGCAUCCUUUAAUCCGCCGAGAUGGAUCUGUGCAGGAGAAUUAUAUGCCGUUUCUAUCUCCACCUCUCUUUCAGCGACAUCAGCGGAUGAGUUCAGAGGCAGCGCAAAAUCAGCUAUUUUAUCAUCGGAGGCAAAUGGGGUAUUUUGGAUCGGUUAGUGAUUUUGGGUUGCUUGCAAGGGGAGGGGCAGAGCGGUUUGGUUUUCACAGAAUGGGGGUUAUGAUGCAACCACCAAAGGCAACUUCUUUGCCAGAUUCUUAUGGAGCUGAGAUGGAUGCUUGCUCUGGAGGAGCAGGGAGGAGAGUUCUGAGUCUUUUCCCGACAAAAAAUGAAGAUUGAGCCGAGAUUUCUUAUUCGAUUCUCUCAUGUACGAGGAUUACUUGAAGUUCGAUUGUUCUCUGAGAAACAAUGGAGUUAUUGUCUA